CGACGCACAGUGUGGUCGGUCGAUAGUAAACUCCAUUGUGUGCGCAUCAUAAUCAUCUCCGCUCCAGUCCAAGCAUCUCUCUCCUCCGUCCACACAGGACCCUCCUAUCCUGCCCAUCAUCUCCAGACUUUAUAAUGACCUUCAGGCCAUCUGAUUGAAUGGUGUCCGGUUGUUUUUGGCCGCUGUGGCUGCGCUCAUUGCUGCUGCUGUGGAGGGAUACCUGUGCUGCAUUGGCAUAACUGCAGAGCGUUUCUGGUGACAUUCAUUAGGGUGAUUUCUGCCUGUGACAGCCACCAUGGCGAAAACAGCCACAUCAUCCAGUGCAAUAACAGGUGAAAAGAUGGCACCACCGUCCAUCACUCUACUUCCUGACAAGAGAUCUCCGACAAACGGUCAUAGCUCUCCGGCCCGAACUGGAAAAACAACUCCGUCUAACAUGGAGAAGAAGCCACACAUAAACGGACAUGCGUCUCCUUCACACUUAACAGCAAACAUCAAUAACAACCAUGCAGGUAAACAAAUCGUGGAGGGUUAUAUGAAGACGGAUGACAGGAUGCGAUUGGCCAAAGAGAGACGUGAGGAGAGGGAGAGAAGUCUGGCGGCCAGGGAUCAGCUGAUCAGGGAGAAGGAGCGCAGAGCUCGGCUGCAGUAUGAACGCACAGUGGAGGAACGCUGGAGGCGGCUGGAGGAGCAGAGGCAGAAAGAGGAGUUCCGCAGAGCUGCAGUGGAGGAGAAGAGGAGGCAGCAGCUUGAGGAGGAGAGGGAGCGGCUGGAGGCCCUGAUGAAACGCUCUCUGGAGCGAAGCCUUCAAUUGGAGCAGAGGACCAAACGCUGGAGCAGAGGCUGCCCUGCAGGUGACAGUGAGAAUGCCCCACUCCCUUUCUCUGCUGCCUCCGCCUUUUCCCAUGGCAUUGCCUCCCCCCUUCCUGCUGUCAGCGAAUCUGCGCCCUGCAGCCCUCACAGAUCACCUUUCUGCAGCUCGCUGAACCCUGCAGAUCACAACAGAGCUGGACUUCAGGGAGGCUCUCAUUCCACUCCCAAUACCCCCAAGAAAGAGCGGCUGCGCAGGGACAGAAGAACUGCAUCCCCCGGUUGUGGAUCCCCUGCAAGAAGAUCUGAAUCCCCUGCUAGUAUCACCAAGCAGUGGGCUUCCCCUACUACCUCCAAGUUGGCAUCUAAGAUACGCGCCCAAUCUCCUAACAACCAUUACUCUCCUACAAGACAUCGUCCAAACCUGUCAAGUGAUGACAGGAAAGCAGAAGACAAGAAGGUGGAAAAACACAGUGAACAAUCCAAAGAUGAGACCGCAGGGAUGAAGAAUACCGACAUCAACAGCACGAAUCCAUCUUCACAAGAUGAGAAGAAUGUGGUUAAUACUGAAAGCACUAAAUCCAGAUCAUCUAAAGGUGAAGCUUUUGAUAGGCGUCUCAAAGGCGACACAUCUGAAAAAAAUCAGUCCCCUGACAGAAAGGCCCACAUGUCUCCCAAAGUGGAAUGCUCAGAGAGGAAGACACAGAGCAACACUGAGGACGGAGACAAGAAAAAAGAAUCAGGGAAGCUGGCGGCUGGCACAACAAAUGCAGAGGAGGCUACUAGGUUGCUGGCAGAACGUAGGCGUCAGGCUCGAGCUCAGAAAGAACUGCACGAGAAAAAACGGGAACAGGAGGAAGAAGAAAGACUAAGGGAAGAGCAGCUGAGGAAGCAACUCCCACAGGAGCAGCGACAGCAGGAGGCAAUGGCUCAACAAGUGAAGGAAAAGGUGAAAAAUGAAGAAGAUCCUCACAGUCUGAAACAAGAAGAAGAAAAUCAAAAAAAGGAGGAGCAGGAGAAGGAACUACAGGCCCAGAUUGACAAAGAGAGAGAAAAAGCCAAAGUCCAGGCUCAGGAGGACUCAGAACGUCAGCGGCAAGAUAGAGAACUGCAGGCGCAACAAGAAGAGGAGGAGAGGCAGCUAAGAAAAAAGAGAAUUGAAGAGAUCAUGAAGAGAACUAGGAAGGGGGAAGCUGACUUGAAGAAGGAGGACCAGGUGGAGACGAAGCCCGUCUCAACACCAGGUGAAGUAAAGACUGUUCAAAUUAAUGCUCAGGCGAACGAGCAAGCAAUCAAAAAGGUUGAGUUUCAGGUUAAAGAGCAGGUCACAGUCCAGGUCAACAAGAAGGAGUGUGCCCUGGUGAAGAAAGAAGCAGCAGAGGCACAGAUGGACAGUCAGAAGAGUUUGCACAUAAAAAACAACACUCAUCAAGUGACACCAACACACAGUGUUCCUGACAAGAGACCUGACACCAAGCAAACCAGCGAAGAGCGCGACAGCCAACCUAACAGAGAGGGGAAAGCCUGUGCUCUCCAGCAGCAGAGAAGCGAGGCGGAUGUGAAUGUAAACAAGCAGCACAGAACAAAUGUUAAAGACCAAAUGAAUAAAGGGCUGACAAAGCCGACAGCAGAUGCCAAAGCCAACCAAAGGGAGGGUGGUAUGAUGAAUGGAGCAGUGAAGGGGGAAGGAAGUGCCUUGAACGAGUGCCGCGAACAACAAAGCCUGCAUGUGUCAGCAGCUGAGGGGAAAGCUAAAGGAGGGUCCCAGAUGGUGGUUGUUAGACCCCCUGUGACACCCAUGCCCGUGGGACACCUAUCACCUCCAGUAAUCAAGCUGGAGCCACUAAAUGUGAAAGGCACAGGCUCUUGCGACGAGGUGCAGUCCAUGGAGGUCAGCCCGGCUUCAAAGGAGGAACUGAUUUCAAUCCCAGACUUCUCGCCAGUCAACGAAAUCCAGCACAGCAGCAUGAGUAACACCCGAGCUCUUGAAGACCUGAUGGACCUGACGGGCAGCGUCACCUAUCCCAAACGGUCCUCUGAAGGCAACAUGGGCGACUGCAACAAGAACCUCAUUGAGGGUGUUGUUAGUCCCAUGUCAGACUCAAAGCUCAUUGGGAUGUCGCCUCUGUCUUCAAAUAAACUCAGCAUCCAGUAGUCCAUUAAUCUUUCUCUUCUUCUCCCUCUCUCGCUUGCUAUCUCUCUCUUAUCCCUCUUGCUGUCUCACACUGUCACACACACACACACACACACACACACACACACACACACACACACACACACACACACAAUGUCACAUCGAGUAUGUGCCCCCGCUACAUUUAUGGAUAUAGAGCCAUAGAGAUUGACUUUAAAAAACUGUAAACCAUGACUUGCAAUAGAAACCAAACAUCUCCUAUGUUCCAAUCACAUAGCAACUGUCCAUUGAACUUAUUUUACAAAUAUUUUGUUUAAUCUUAUGUGGACAACUGUGUGUGUGCAUGUUGCACAUGUGAAAGAGGGUCAGGGAGAGAAGGUGUGUCUGGAUAUGUGAAAUAAUGACAAAAAAGACAAAUAUCAUGGUUAUCAGGUUAUAGAAGUUUAGAAAACUCAGUGUUGCUAAUGUACAGUAAAAAUCAAUACUUUCCCCUGCAUAGAUUCCUCACUGGGUCCCAGUUCAGUCCCAGUAGUGGAGUAAAAAAGCCUGCUCAGAGCACUGAUUACUGCAUUUGUACAACUGACUUUCCACAUGCCCUCUUAAGCAUUUAAAUCUAAUUCAGUGUGUUGCUGGGAAAGGCAUGACUUUUAUUUUCAUGAUAGCCUAAAUUUGAAAACUUCAGAAAUUUCCUUUCUUGAUAAUGAUAUUCAUGCACGUAUUGAUGAUUGAUUUGGCUGGAAUUCUAUGGAUUUAUCUGGCAAACUAAAAUCCAGCAGGACUCUCAGGACCACUGCCGUCCUUCAUUCCUCUUAACCCAGCGAGGUCUGAUCAUAAGAUUGUUCACAGUUUUUAUUUCAAUGAGAUAAUUCCCUUUAUUCUUUUUUUUUAUCUUUAACUGGGGCUGUCUAACUGCACGUGAGUGAAGAGGUUUGAUUCCAAAGCUGUCAACUUGAAUGUUAUUGCACAUUUAAAUGAUAAACAUAUUAAAUCAUGACAUCAACACAAUAUGAUACAUAUACAUAACUACAUGUUUGUUGCAGACUAGAGUGAAUCCCUAAUUUCGACUCUAUUGCAAAUAUACAGUAAUUGCAUUCAUAAAAGCUUAUUUCACUGGCAAGGCGCCCGUUUUUCAAUGGUUCAUAAAAAUACUGACAGCUGAGCAACUUCAUGUCAUUUAAAGUUUUUUUGUAGGUGUGCCUUGCUUUGUAAAGUGUUUCCAAGGCACAGUGCUAAUGAAUGCAUUCAUCUAUUAGACAUACAGUAACAUAAUAUGUAAGACUGAAGUACACUGGAUGUGCAGGAAUGUUUGCUUAACAAUCAAUUUGUGUACCCUGUACUGUAGCUAUAAACAUGCUGUGUGGUCCUGUAGGAAUUAUCCAGUGGGCUCCUUUAACUUCUUGAGCAGUUCAUAAAAUGACUAAGAAUUGCAAUUUAUCAUUUUCUGUGUCAUGUCUAAAUGUACUUUCAGUAGAGAUGCCUUAUGAGGGACUGAUCGGUUACUGGGUUUUUGUGCUAAGUGUUUUAAAGUCCUCUGGCUGUGUAUGUUUAUCCCUUCUAUUUGGCCACUGGGAUUGUUGUGUGUGACCUGUAAUACUUGAACCUUGGUUUGAAACCCAUCAUCUUCACCACACUGCAAACAGUUAUGCCAACAGCUUAUAUACAUUAUUAUGUCACUUAUAAAGUGACAUUUAGAUUUGUGUUCCUCAGACAAUAUAUACCCUGGCAAGACAGAGGCAUUCUGAAAUUGUCUUAAAUGAAGUAGCCAUUAUAACAUACAGUAGCCUAUUUGAAAGUUAGGAUUUGCUGUGUAGAGUUAGGGGACUGAGUAUAAAUAAAUUAUAUAUACAACCACCUCAA